AUGUCGAAGAGUGCCUCUCUGUCCGCCGCGACGGCCGGCCUGUCGAUCAGCGGAGCCGGCGGCCCCCAGGCCGCGCGCUCCACUCAGGGCUACCACCCCCUCGACCCGCUGUCGAAGGAUGAGGUCCGCGCCGCGACCCACGCGAUCAAGCAAUACGUCGACGCCCAGGAGAAGGGCGAGCACCGUUUCUGGUUCAAGAGCAUCCAGCUCAUCGACCCGCCGAAGACCGUUCUCGCCCCCUGGCUCGACCGAUGGCACCAGGGCCUUCCCGUCCAGCGCCUGCCGAGGCGCGCCGAGUGUCUCGCCGGUGUCAAGCGCCCGGACUCGACGAGCUGGUACGAGUUCUACGUCUCGCUCGACGGCGAGGCCAAGGUCGAGCGCGCUGUGCAGUGCCCGACCGACCUCCACGUUCCCCCCGACAUGGCCGAGAUGCUCGCCGCCGAGGAGGCCCUCCUGAAGCACCCCGAGUUCCUUGCCGCUAUCGAGAAGCUCGGCCUCCCCAAGCACUGGAAGGUCGUCGCCGACGGAUGGAUCUACGGCGCGGACGACUUUGAGCGCAAGAACCGCUACACACCCUUCAUGGUCUACGCCAACACGAACGGCAACCCCGACUCGUGCCACUACUCCGCUCCCCUCCCCCUUGUUCCCGUCAUGAGCUCGGACGACUUCUCUCUCGUCCGCAUCGACUGGACCCCCAUCUUCGGCACCGGCGAGAAGACCUUCCUCGACCUCAAGGAGCCGUUCCCGUGGCACCUGUACGAGAGCAACGAGUACGACCCGGAGCUCCUCGUCGCCUCUGGCACUCAGCUCCGCCAGGACCUGCGCCCCUACCGCGUUAUCCAGCCUGAGGGUGCCUCGUUCUCGCUCGAGGGCCGCGUUCUCCGCUGGCAGAAGUGGAGCAUGCACAUCGGCUUCAACUACCGCGAGGGUCUCGUUCUCUCCGACAUCCGCUACGACGGCCGCAAGACCUUCUACCGUCUCUCCGUCUCGGACAUGACUGUCCCCUACGGCGACCCCCGUGCGCCCUUCCACCGCAAGCAGGCGUUCGACCUCGGCGACGUCGGUGCGGGUCUUACUGCCAACGAGCUCAAGCUCGGCUGCGACUGUCUCGGCGAGAUCCACUACCUCGACUUUGACCACCUCGACGUCAAGGGCGACACGCAGACGCUCCAGGGCGUCGUCUGCAUCCACGAGCAGGACGACGGCAUCGGAUGGAAGCACACCAACUACCGCACCGGCCGCCCUGCUGUUACGCGCUCGCGCAUCCUGAUCCUGCAGACGAUCCUCACUGUCGCUAACUACGAGUACAUCUUCAACUGGCGCUUCGACCAGGCCGCUGCUGUCCACCUCGAGAUCCGCGCGACCGGUAUCCUCUCCACCGCGGCCAUCCUCCCCGGCGAGCUGUCGCCCUACGGCAACGUCGUCUCCCCCGGUGUCCUCGGCACGAACCACCAGCACCUGUUCAGCAUCCGUAUCGACCCCGCGAUCGACGGCCACAACAACACUGUGGUGCAGGAGGACUCUGUCCCGAUGCCGUUCGACGCCAAGAACCCGCCCGAGAACAACAAGUGGGGUGUCGGCUACACUGUCGAGAAGACGCCCAUCACGCGCUCCGGCGGUGCCGACGCUGCGCCGCACAAGAACCGCGUGUUCAAGAUUGUCAACCCCAACGUCAAGAACCCCAUCUCGGGCAAGCCGGUGGGCUACAAGCUCGUCCCCGCCGCGAGCCAGCUCAUGCUCGCGCACCCGGACAGUGUGCAGUACGCGCGCGCCGAGUUUGGCGAGCACCACGUCUACGUCACCAAGUACAAGGACGGCGAGUACUACGCCGCGGGCAAGUACACGAACCAGUCGUACGGCAACGCCAAGGGCAUGCGCACGUACGUCGGCCGCGACGACAAGACGGACAACGAGGACAUUGUCGUCUGGCACACGCUCGGCCUCACGCACAACCCCCGUGUCGAGGACUACCCCGUCAUGCCCGUCGAGACGCACAUGAUCUCGCUCAAGCCCUUCGACUUCUUCGGACGCAGCCCCGCCAUCGACGUGCCCCCCUCCACCCAGGCUUUCAACCAGAGCACCCUCUUCAAGGUCGCCAGCGAGGAGAUUGAGGACAACGCCCCCGUCAACGAGGGCAAGGACAAGGCUUGCUGCAAGCUCUAA